UUUGAAUACUUUUAUUUGUAGUUACAUUUUCUAAACUAUUAUGUUUAUGUAUUUGGCAAAUUUACACUGAAUUCCUUUUAGAUAAUUUAAUUCAGUAAUCUCUUUGUGUGAAGGUGGGUGUGAGAAAAAAAGAAAAAGAGGAGGAGUGGUCUCCAACUCUGCCUCCUUGAACUUUGAGCCCUGCUGAUUUUCAUUACUGCCGUCUUGAAGCUGAUUUACACUCGUGAUGCCAGGUGAAAACCCAGGUUGUCAGAGGAGAAAAACUGCAUCACUUUGCUUGCCCAGGACUGAAGCUGUGUGACCUUCAGUACUGAGAUAUAAAUAUUCUAAAAGGCUAAGGACUUCCCUUCUAACUUUGUAGUGUAUUGUCACAAAAAGAAAAAAACUUAUCCUUAUAUAAUAUAUAUUUAAUUAAUUUGUGUACAUCUUGGCAUGUUGUUUGCUGUAUUGUAGAAUGUCGUGCUUAUAUUUUGAAACGGAACUCAGGAAAACCGGAAGUUGAUGGUAAAUCGUUUAUUCUGACGCUUGUGCACCAGUUUUAUUUGUGCUGUUGUUUGAUUGAGAGCAAUGCGCCUUUUGCUAGCCGUCCAGGUGUUGCUAGUUCCCGGUUGUUUCGGGUUUAAACUGAACCUUUAAAAUGUUAAGUCCCCGUACAGGCUGAACAUAAUCUGAACUUGUUGAUGAAAGAAUGAAACUGGAGCUGGGAGGUAAUCUUUGCACAGAUUUAGACAGAGGCCUUGUAUGAACAAGCUGGAGCCAAAAACCCAUUCUCACAUUAAAAUGACUUAAUGUGAGUGUAGGGAAAUGGAAAUGUAGACUUGCCACCUAUAGGUCUUAUGAGGACGUGAUGCCCAGGCGAGGGUUGCCAUUCCAGGGUCGGGUCCGCUGGCUCUUCCUGGGCCUCUUCCUGCUGCUGGUGUUGCUGCUGUUUGCAUAUCUGCUAGAGUGCACUCCACCAGCGGACGUCAGCCUGGUCCUGCCCGGCCUAGCGGGAGAGAGCUAUGGGAAGGAAUACUACCAGGCUCUGAUGCAGGAACAGGAGGAGCGACACUUAAACCGUGCUUCCAGUCUCAAACGGCAGAUUGCUCAGCUCAAGCAGGAGCUUCAGGAAAUGAGUGAGAGGCUGAAGCUUCUGCAAGAGAAGAAGGAGCCCCCAGGGGUUCAGGGUCUUGGAGAGAAUAAAGACCAAGAGCCAGGAGACCUUUUGGAGUACCUGCACUCUCAGAUCGAUAAGGCUGAGGUCAACACAGGAGCACGUCUGCCAAGCGAGUAUGCUCUUGUACCCUUUGAGAGUUUCACCUCAUCUAAGGUGUACCAGCUGGAGAUGGGGUUGACACGGCACCCAGAGGAGAAGCCGGUCCGCAAAGACCGCAGGGACGAGCUGGUGGAGGUCAUUGAAGCUGCGCUGGAUAUCAUCAACAACCCUGAUGAGGAGGACGGCGUGGAGGACGACACACCCAUGCAGAGACAAACCUACACAGACGGCCACUUUGCUGAAGGACUGUACCGGACGGAGCGAGACAAAGGGACACUUUAUGAACUCUUCUUUGCCAAAGAAGACUCCAGCAGCGUCCGCCACGUUACGCUUUUCAGACCAUUUGGUCCCAUAAUGAAAGUCAGGAGCACAUCUGUGGAGACAUCAGGAAUGAUCAUCAACAUCAUCGUGCCGUUGGCGGGCAGAGUCGACACUUUCUCACAGUUCUUACAAAACUUCAGGGAAGUGUGCAUACAGCAGGACAGACGAGUUCAUCUCACAGUGGUUUAUUUUGGACAGGAAGGCCUGCAGGAGGUGAAGUCAUCUUUGGAAAAAAUAUCCAGGGAAGAGAACUUCUCCAAUUACACUCUGAUCCCAGUAGAUGAGGAGUUUUCCCGCGGUCGAGGUUUGGACAUCGGAGCACACGCGUGGAAAAAAGGCGAUGUCUUAAUGUUUUUUUGUGACGUGGAUAUACAUUUUACACUGGACUUCCUCAACACUUGCCGUCUCCACACUGCUCCCAACAAGAAAGUCUUCUAUCCAGUGGUGUUCAGUCUGUACAAUCCUGCUAUAGUUUAUGGAAAUAUAGAGCUGGCUCCUCCUGUUGAACUCCAGCUGAUUCACAAAAAAGACACUGGUUUCUGGAGAGAUUUUGGAUUUGGGAUGACGUGUCAAUAUCGCUCAGAUUUCCUAAACAUCGGAGGUUUUGAUCUUGAAGUGAAAGGCUGGGGUGUAGAAGACGUCCAUCUUUAUAGGAAGUACCUUCGGAGUGACAUGAUAGUGAUCCGGACUCCGGUGUCGGGUCUCUUCCACCUGUGGCAUGAGAAGCAGUGUGCGGACGAGCUGACGCCGGAGCAGUACCGCAUGUGCAUCCAGUCCAAAGCCAUGAACGAGGCCUCCCACCCUCACUUGGGCAUGCUGGUUUUUCGGGAGGAGAUCGAAGCUCACCUACGCAAGCAGGCCUUCAAGACUCAAAGCAAAACUGAGGACUAAGCAAGCCUCUACAUACCCACCGUCAUUCCUACAAGAAGACUGUGAGGUGCUGAUGUUAAGGCAUUUCAGAAAAGACAUGUUUACAUGGAUCCUUCUGCAUUUUACUGCACAGCUGCAGACAAAUGAAUGUACAAAAAUGAACAUACAGCAAUGUGAAACUUCAAACAUGGUACAAACCUACAGUUGCAAAUGAUCAAAUUAGCAAUAUUUAACGUGUAAAAGCAGUAUUGUGGAUCUUGGAGUAAGAUUGACAUUUAUAUUACGUUUUGAAAUCUAUCCAAUAAGCAUGUUGUUACUAACUUGAGAAACAGAUCUCUAAAUAAGCCAUCCUACUGCUUCAAACACAGCGCCUUGCUUGCAGCUGCUUUUUUUUUUUCACCGCUUUAGCUGCUUCACCUCUAAAUGUGAGCUCAGCCAUUAGAUCUGAGCUGACUUAGAGGAUUUCUGUAUUCAAGAAGGGCAUCAGAAACAGAAGCAGUGUUUGGACGAGCUUUUGAAAUUAAGCGAGACAGAUACGAAAAGACACGUCUUUUAAUUUAUUGAGUUUAAGAACAGCAAGAAGUUGCACUCAUAACGGUUUAAAAAUAAUUUGACCACUUAAGUAUGUGUUGAAGAACCGCGCCUUUAGAUCAAAGCAAUGUACAAUCUUUAACUCAUUUCCAGUAUGUUGGCAGUUGUCGAAGGGGCCAUAAUGUUCUUAGUAUUUAUCGACAGUGAGGUUGGAAAAAAAGGGACGUUAAUAUUUUUUUGUGUUUUUGUCAGUAUUUUCCAGUGUUGAUGUCAAGUGUUGAGAGUUUACCAGAGAACAUUUUACUGAAACAGUGUAAGAAUCCGAUAUGAUUUAAGGUACGAUGACAAGUCUACAGGGACUAGUGUUUAAGGAAAAGGGAUACUGGACUGAAAUCAUAUCUUACAUCAGUCUUGUAAAUACUUACCAGAUAUCUUUUUUUCAUCAGAUAUUUUUUGGUGGUUUGUGCCAAGACUCCAAGUAAUAUGACAUCCUGAUAUAAUUGUUUUGCAUAUGUUUGAAGCCGUUUCCACAGCAGCUGGUUAAACUCAGUCCAUCUCACAAUGAGAGCAGAUGGUUUAGUCACAGCUUUGAGGUAAAAUGCUGCAUUUACCUCGGAAAGGAAGCAGGUAGUUCUUUUGCAUCACAUCUUGUACAGUAAUUAUUUUUUAAUCAAUGUUUUUGCUAAUACUCCAGCUUUUUGUAGAUAGUCUUUUAAGUCUCACAUUAUGGGAGAAUUACAUCUUCCUCUCAGCAAUACACCAGUAUUCAUACAGGAGAAAAAAAACUUGAGCAAGGUAAUGAUUUAUUGUGAAGUUUUGGCCAUGAAAUAAAAAUUACAGAACACCGUG